AUUCCAAUCAUAAAAUCAAAUGUGGAUCACCUGUUGCUACGACACGUAUCUCACAAAAACGCCAUUCAAAUGCGCAUGUGCCAUUUGGUAACGUGUUUCGGGAUUUGUUGGUUGAUGAAAUCUGAUGUUUUGGUUUAGCUGAAGUGUAACACCAAAUAUUCACACGAAAAAUGUAGUGUUUAUUGUAUUAAAAUGGAAAAAAUCUUAGCCCUAUUAGUCGUUAUUUUCUACUCAAUUAGUCUUAUUUUCGGUCAAGCCUAUCAAGAGCUGCCUCACUGUACCGAAAAAUUAUCAGCGGGGAAUGUUAUAGUUAGCACACUAGACGGAAAGCUGUCGGUUUUGGAUAAGUCUGGAAACUUGGUGUGGGACAUACCAACCGGUCCAGGUCCUUUGCUUGUUUCGCACAUCCACAACCUCGAGCUUACAAAUAGUGGCGAAUACAUAAGAAUAAUACCAUCUUUGUCAGGCACUUUGUAUAAAUUUGAUGGCAAAACUAUAGACCCAAUUCCCAUUAAUGCCGAAAACCUACUUAAGUCAUCUUUUCGAUAUGCAGAAGAUCUAGUACUAGCAGGUGGCUAUGAAGUAAGGACAUAUGGAGUUGGCUUCGAUAGUGGAAAAAUAUUAUAUGAGUGCAGUCCACAUAAAUGUGAAAAGGAUCCUAGGACUGAUACUGAAGAUGUGUUAUUAGUGGAAAGGAAUACACAAAUUAUUAGAGCUGUUGAACCAAAAACUGGUAAUGAAAGAUGGAACUUUAGUGUGGGUUUGACCAAAAUUAAAUUAAGCCAAGUAUCAUGUGUGGACACAGGGGCUGUCUUAGAUUUGAACAUCACAGCAAUAUUACCUGAAGGAAUAGUGAAAUCCUUCGGGAACGGUUACAACUGGCAAUAUAAAUUCCCCUCUCCAAUCGUAAAUGUCUGGAAAUGGGAUGGCAAAAUAUUAAGUCAAAUCAAUUUAUUCGCUCCUAAAAGCGUUAACACCAAUGAAAUAUCACCUGUGCUUUAUAUCGGAAUGCAUAAGAAACAAUUGUACAUUCACGAGUCGGUAGUCAUGCAGAACAUAUUGCAAGGCAAAGAUGACACUGAUAUUAUGGUUGUGAACUCCCGGGAAGUGGCGAAAAUUCCCUGGGAGCCGGUGCCUGCACUUGAUUACGACACUCAGGCGAAUUUAACAGCUAUUUCCGUGUUGAACAGCUCUGGAUACGUUGAUGGAAAUGGUUAUUAUCUGUACACUAAAGAGGACUUUAAUAAGAAAAAUAAUGUAAUUUGUGAUAAAAACCAUUCCACAGAAGAAUCUCUUAAUCUAGUUGAAGAACAAGAGUACCUCAUAGAAUACGUUGUGUCAUGGCAAAUGGAAAUUUUGCUUUUGAUCAUCACAUUAAUAAUGAUCAACUUAAUGUACAUUAAAUAUUGGUCUCGGAUACCAACACAGGAAAUUAUAUACGUUGAGAGACCAGUGACACUACCAACAAUUGAAAGAAGAGUGUCAGAAAGGGAAUCUGAGCCAGAAACAUUCCAAAGCCGGUACGAAAACGACUUCGAAACCUUGAGGUGUUUAGGCAAAGGUGGGUUUGGAGUUGUUUUCGAAGUUAGGGCGAAAAUCGAUGAGUGCUCCUACGCUUUAAAAAGAAUCACAUUACCAAAUGACGCCAAGUCUAAGGACAGAGUUAUGAGAGAAGUUAAGGCGUUGGCGAAACUGGAACACCAAAAUAUAGUUAGGUAUUUUUGUUCUUGGGUUGAGAAGCCACCUCCGGGUUGGAGGGAGCUUCACGAUGAAUCGUACAUAGGUGAAUACAGCGUCACCAAGUCUUACAAAACAAAAACAACGACUGAGGAGAGUUCAAACUACGUUUCUAGGAAAAAAGCUUUAUCAAUUAGUAUAGAUAUACCGGGCUACAACAACGAUGAAUCUCUUAGUUUGGAUCUCGCCAAGAGCGAUGAUGACUCAUUCAUUGAAUUCAACACUUCCAAUGGACCAAGUGAUGACAAACAGUCCUCUGUGGAUUCGUCGAAAAACAGCAGCGAAACGAUUUGCUCAACCUCGACGAUUUCUACGGGAAUUGACACUUUGAGUGAGCACCAACUCAAGAAGAUUAAUUGGAAGAAACCUGGUAGGAAACAUCACUCUUGGGAUAGUGGUUGCUGCAACAUUCCACCACCGCCCACAUUCCUUUACAUACAAAUGCAACUGUGCAAGAAGGAAAGUCUUAAGGAGUGGUUGAUGAGCAAUCAGGAUAGAAAUACUGACUUUUCUUUAAGUAUUUUUGACCAAAUUUUAGAUGCUGUAGAAUAUGUUCAUUUGAGGGGCCUCAUACACAGAGACUUGAAGCCUAGUAAUAUAUUCUUUGCAUUAGACGGUCAAGUGAAAGUCGGUGACUUUGGCUUGGUAAAGGAUAUGGAAGACUCCUUGGACGAUACCAAGAAAACGCUGUGUGCCAUGGGUGGUGGGCACACUGUUGAAGUUGGCACCCAAUUGUACAUGAGUCCGGAACAACUUCAAAACGGGAACUAUGAUUACAAAGUAGAUAUAUUUUCUCUGGGUCUCGUUUUCUUCGAAUUACUGGUACCUUUCUCGACCGACAUGGAAAGAUUUAAAAUUUUAUCCAUGGUUAGAGAGGGAAAUUAUCCAAAUGAUUUUGUACAAAAAUUUCCUAAUGAGUAUAACAUACUCAAGGAAAUGCUUUGUAAGGAUCCUACGAAAAGGCUGACUACUAUAGGAAUUCAUUCUAAGCCACCUUUUGAAAAGCAAUCACAAUAUAAUAAAGAGGAGUAUUUUUACAAUUUACCCAGUUAUGUGCAGAAGAAUUAGUUAGUUGUUAGUUACUUUAUUCUCCCCAUUUUACAAAUAAGUGUACUUUUUAUUAUUAUUUUUUUUUUUGUUCUGUGAUUUGUUUAGAAUAACCAUAUCUUUUAUGAGUAAUUUACUCUUAUUAAGCCAUGUGAUAUAAUGGAGAGUAGAUUUUUAUUUCUACAUUCCGUAUUAGUAUUUAUUACUUAAGGAAUUGGACAUACUAGUUGCCCAGUUAGAAAGUAAGUCGUUUUGAAACAUUUCAUAAUUUUUGUUUCCCAGAUAAAUGAUUUUUCAGGAA